AUGGAGGAUAUUGAGUAUCAACUCGAUGCCGUCAAGGCCACCAGGAUUUCGGCCGAGGACAUCGAUAAGACGUUCCGCUCCGGCUGCAUUGACCUCGUCUCGGCCGCCCUCGGCAGCGAGGUGCUCGGCUUCUCGGACCAGUGGUUUGCCGAAGCCUCCAACCUCCUCAACCCGGCCGCCCCUAUCCGGCAGCCGGGCAAGAUGGUCUACACGGGCGCUUGGUACGAUGGCUGGGAGACCAGGAGGCACAACCCGGAACCGUUUGACUGGGUGGUGAUCCGGCUAGGUGUAGCCUCUGGGACGGUCGAGGGAGUCGAGGUAGACACGGCCUUCUUCUCGGGCAACCACGCGCCGGCCAUCUCAGUCGAGGGCUGCUUCAGCCAGAACGACGACGAGGUCCUCUCCUGGAAGGGAAGUCGCGGCGGCUGGGAGACCAUUCUCGGCAUCCAGGAGUGCGGCCCGAGCCAGCGAUUCGGGUGGAAGCUCGAUAAUCCCACCAAGAAGCAGUACACCCAUGUUCGGCUGAACAUGUAUCCUGACGGAGGCAUCGCCCGGUUCCGGCUCUUUGGGCAUGCCGUGCCUGUCUUUCCGGUGAACAAGGAUGCCGUAUUCGACCUCGCUGCCGCGCAAAACGGCGGAGUGGCUGUGUCCUGCAGCGACCAGCAUUUUGGGACUAAGGACAACCUGAUCCUUCCCGGCCGGGGCAAGGACAUGGGCGACGGGUGGGAGACGGCUCGGUCUCGCACGAAGGGGCACUUUGACUGGGCCAUCAUCAGGUUGGGGGCGCCAGGAUAUAUUCAGAACCUUGUCGUGGACACAGCACAUUUCCGGGGCAAUUAUCCGCAGCUGGUGAAACUGGAGGCCAUCGAGUGGAAGGGGGACUCAGAACCGGGACCAGAUGCCGAAGGAUGGGUCGAGGUGGCAGGACCCAUCAAAUGCGGCCCUGAUAUGGAACACCUGGUCGAGAGCUUGGUCAAGGACCGGGUCUUCACCCAUGUGAAGCUCAUCAUGGUACCGGACGGAGGUGUCAAGAGGUUGCGUGUGUUUUCGAAGCGGGCUCUUUAACGUAGGCCAAAAUGAAGCUGGAGUGAGCGCAGCGGGGUGGUUGCAAGGGUACGGGACAGAAAAGCACCAAAAAGAGGAUGGGAAGAGCAGAUCAGCAGGAUUAUAGAAUCAAAAUACUUGAAGCGCUGAAAGCUAAGGCUAGGUAGGGCUGGGCCUGUUUUGAUUACAUUCACUCGGCCUAAUCUGCGUGAUCUGUCAGGGUAUGGAUUUUGACAGUUUUGGGACAAC